AUGGGUGGCGCGCUGCUGCUCGCUCUGCUGGCGGCCGCGCGGGCCGGCGAGCCCAACACCACCGUCCUGGACUACGACGCCUCGCCCGCCUACGAGCCGCAACCCACCGAGCACGUGGAGCGCGCCCCUCUGUUCCCCACCGAUCUCUUCACCGAGGAGCAGCGCCGCUCCGGGGCCGUCUUCUUGCACGUGCUCGGCAUGGGCUAUAUGUUCGUCGCGCUCGCGAUCGUCUGCGACGAGUUCUUCGUCCCGUCGCUGGAUGUGAUCAUAGAGCGGCUCGCGAUCCGGGACGACGUGGCCGGGGCCACGUUCAUGGCGGCGGGAGGCUCAGCCCCGGAGCUGUUCACCUCCAUAAUAGGGGUGUUCGUUUCUUUCGACGACGUGGGGAUCGGGACGAUCGUCGGCUCGGCCGUGUUCAACAUCUUAUUCGUGAUCGGUGCGUGCGCGUUGUUCUCCCGCACGACGUUGACUCUGACCUGGUGGCCGCUGUUCCGCGACUGCAGCUUCUAUUCGAUCAGUUUGCUGGUGUUGAUAUACUGUUUCCGGGACAGCCUGAUCUACUGGCAGGAGGCGCUGGUGCUGUUCUCGCUGUACGGCGCGUAUGUGCUGUUCAUGCGGUGGAACCAGCCCGUAGAGCGUGCGGUCAAGAAGAUCAUCUACAAGAACAAGGUGACGCGCGUCCGCAGCACAGACCAGCUGAUGCCCACGCACCAGACCGCUGCUCAAACCUUGCACGGCAACGCCACAACAUCGAGCGAGACGUCAGUGGGUACCAACACCGCGGCCGCGGGCCCGAGCAAGCCGCCGGCCGCCAAGUUCCGCCACGGGCUGCUGCAGCUCAUGAUACACACCAUCGACCCGAUGCACGACGGUGAGUUAGGCAAAGUGGACGAAAAAGCCACCCAGCUGCACGCCAUCGCGUCGCUCAAGGUGUUGCUUGAGGCCACGAAACCGGCGGCGGGCGGGGCGGGCGCGGCGUCCGCGAGAAAUUCCGCUGCCGUGGCUAAGGAGACGCUCGACCUGCCGAACGGAGGCGUGCAGGAUGUACAUUUAGAUGCUAUAGAAGAGAUAGGGGACCUAGAAGAGGACACGACGCCCCUAGACAUGUCGUGGCCCUCCGGGUUCCGCAAGCGACUGACCUACCUGUUGGUCGCGCCCAUAGUCUUCCCAUUAUGGAUCACCCUCCCGGACACUAGGACACCGAGAGGGAAGAAUCUAUUCCCCCUAACGUUUAUAGGAUCCAUAGUCUGGAUCGCGUUUUUCUCCUACCUCAUGGUGUGGUGGGCGAACGUGGCCGGCGCGACGGCGUACGUGCCCCCCGAGGUGAUGGGGCUCACGCUGCUGGCUGCCGGGACCUCGGUGCCCGACCUGAUCACGUCGGUCAUCGUGGCCAGGAAGGGGUUUGGAGAUAUGGCGGUCUCCAGUUCUGUGGGGAGCAAUAUUUUUGAUGUCACUGUUGGGCUCCCACUGCCAUGGCUGCUGUACGGACUGAUCAACGGGCAGCCAGUGGAAGUCAACUCCAAGGGGAUGGUGUGCAGCAUCGUGCUUCUUUUCGCCAUGCUGUUGUUUGUCAUCCUGAGCAUCGCCUGCUUCAGGUGGAAAAUGAACAGAGGUCUCGGCUUCACCAUGUUCCUCCUGUACUUCGUGUUCGUGGCCGUCAGUCUCAGCCUGGAGUACGGCUACCUCCACUGUCCUAGCGAAUAAGAUUCCAGAAUCUUCUAGAACGACAGAGAACGCAGAACAAGAGAACACGAGUCACUUCAGCAUGUAGGACUUCAAAGAAGG